GAGAAGAAGGCGCACAGCACCUAGUCCUAUGAAGUAGACGCGGCCCGACUGACGGCGUGACGCUGCCCGGCGCGUCGCCGCCGUCAGCGUGCGUGCCCACUUCCAAGAUGGCGGCGGCGGCAGCACUGUCUGGCGUCCUCGGCCGGGUGGGCUGGAGGCUCCUGCCGCUGCGGUGCCUGCCCGUGGCCCGCUGCAGAUCGCCUCUGAUGCCACGUGCCUUCCAUACUUCUGUGGGGUUCAGGUCUUCAGAAGGGCAGAAGCAGCAGCCUCCCCAAUCUUUUUCUCAGCAGCGUUCUGAGACACAGGGGCCAGAAACACCCGACUCAGAGCUUCCUCGUCAGCCCCCCAGGUACACAGACCAGAGUGGAGAGGAGGAAGAGGACUAUGAGAGUGAGGAGCAGCUGCAGCAUCGCAUCUUGACAGCAGCCCUAGAGUUUGUGCCUGCCCAUGGCUGGACUGCAGAGGCCAUUGCUGAAGGAGCCCAGUCCUUGGGUCUUUCCAGCGCAGCAGCCAGCAUGUUUGGGAGUGACGGCAGUGAGCUGAUCCUUCACUUUGUUACCCAGUGCAAUGCUCGCCUCACCCAGCUACUGGAAGAGGAGCAGAAGCUGGUACAGCUGGGCCAGGCAGAGAAGAGGAAGACAGACCAGUUCCUGAGGGAUGCCGUGGAGACCAGACUGAGAAUGCUGAUCCCCUACAUCGAGCACUGGCCCCGGGCCCUCAGCAUCCUCCUACUUCCUCACAACAUCCCACCCAGCCUGAGCUUGCUCACCAGCAUGGUGGAUGACAUGUGGCAUUAUGCUGGGGACCAGUCCACUGAUUUUAACUGGUACACGCGCCGUGCGGUGCUGGCUGGCAUCUACAACACCACAGAGCUGGUCAUGAUGCAGGACUCCUCCCCGGACUUUGAAGAUACUUGGCGUUUCCUGGAAAACCGGAUUAAUGAUGCAAUGAACAUGGGCCACACAGCUAAGCAGGUGAAGUCCACUGGAGAAGCCCUGGUGCAAGGACUGAUGGGUGCGGCAGUCACGCUCAAGAACCUGACAGGCCUAAACCAGCGCCGGUGAGAGAAAGGGGGACCCCACGUACCUGGAAGGAGCAGCAGUAAAUACGAAGGACUUUGACAAGAUGCACCACCCAGCAAACAGGAUGUUAAUGAGAACACAUGAAGAACUGGGGUCACUCUGACAGCCGCGAGGCUGAAUUGCAGUGCACUCUGUUCUGAUCUGGAGUCGGGCCACUGCUGCCGUUCCUAAGACCAGGCCUGGCCUCCUGAUGCCUUCUGCAUUGCAGCUGUGUGAUUGAAAAAGGAAACUGACGUCCAAGCUCAGGCACCUUGAUCACGUCUUGACCUUAGAACUGCUCUCUGGGAGCUGGGCAUGGUAACCUAUAUUCUCAGCACUCAGGAGUCUGCCACAGCGGGAUUGAGAGUUCAAAGCCAGGCUUGUCUGUGUAGAGAAUUACAAGCCUCUUGAGUUACAUAGUGUGACCCUGUCUCAAACAAAAUCUCCUGAGAAAUACACUCAGGAGAUCACAAGCAAGUGAUCCCACAGUGACAGCUCUUCCCCAGCACAGGACAGUCCUCUGGGUCCUCAGAAAGCUGCCUCCCCUGAGACAGGUGCCUUCUGGACAGUCAUGCUGAGCCUGGCCAGAAAUGUGAUCCCAGGCCUGGCCUCACAGACACCAGCAUGCAUUGCAGGGUCACUAGUGAGAGAAUCUGUAAAAAUAAUAAACAUGUUUGAAACAAU